AUGGACAUCUUGCCCGCCCCAUCACACACCAAACAGACCCCAUUCUUCGCGAAUUACGGAUAUCACCCUACACUCGACCUCACUCUUCCGAGCUACAGCAGCAAAACUCAAAACGCGUUCGCAUCGAACCACUACGACACGCUCCGAGACACGCAUGCCCUUAUGCGGUACGACCUCGCUGCUGCGAUAGCCAAAAUGGAGAGGAACUAUAACAAGACUAGGAACGAGAACCCCGAAUUCAAGACAGACGACCUCGUGUGGCUAAGCGCCAGGAACAUCGAAUCCGUGCGCGAAUCCAAGAAGCUCGAUUUCAAAUGGUUGGGACCCUUCAAGAUCCUUGCCCCUGUUGGGCGCUCCGCUUUUCGCCUGGACCUCCCACCCUCCCUCCGCGUUCACAACGUCGUGCAUGUUUCGCUCUUGCGGAAAUACGACGAAUCAAAUAUCGAAGGACGCAUCGUACCACCACCUCCUGUCACGCUCAUCGACGGCAAUGACGAACACGAAAUCGAGACAAUACUCGACUCUCGCACUCGAAAUGGCGCCCUUCAAUAUCUCGUUCAAUGGCGUGGAACUCUUUCAGCCACUAAUCCACAAUGGGUUAGGGACUACAUCCUCGAUCACGCCAUCGACCUCGUCAAGCAGUUCCAUAUUCAGCACCCUCGCGCCGCGAAAUCAGCCCCGCAUCGGGUCUCAAGCCGCUCAGGAGCGCAGCUCUCAAAGGAGGGGGUAACUCCUGGAACGCCCAAGCGCCGCGGCCGAAACAGGGAACGCUCCGAUCAAGCUUCCGCCGGCCCCGCCACAGGGAGCUCUCGCAAUUGA